AUGCCAAAGUCGAAGCGCGCUAAAAUUGUCUCGCUCACGAAGACUCAGGCAAAGACGCGCGCAGACAAAGACAAACUGAUUGAACGCAUCCGCCAAGCCCUGGAGGACUACACUGAUGUGUACACUUUUCAGCUCCACAACAUCCGCACUAACAUACUGCAGCUGAUUCGCGAGGAGCGUGCCGAAGACAGCCGCAUCUUCCUAGGAAACAACAAACUUAUGAUGAUCGCCAUCGGCCGCGAUGAGAAGAGUGCGCAGAAAGAGAACUUGCACAAGCUGUCACCGUUUCUGACUGGAUUGUGUGGGUUGUUCUUCACAAACCUCAGCAAGAAGGAGGUAAAGGAGUACUUCGCGACUGUUGGUGCGCCAGUCUACGCUCGCACUGGGCAGACAGCAACUGAAUCGCUCCUGCUCAAGGCAGGUCCGCUGCCGCAGUUUCCGCACAGCAUGUUUGACCACCUCGCCAAGCUUGGUCUUCCUAUCAAGUUGGACCGUGGGGUUAUUGUGCUGCUACAAGAUACCACCGUGUGCGAGCCGGGUGAUACGCUUAGCGCGGAGGCCGCUCAGCUUUUGAAGCUCUUUGGGGUGGAGUGUGCUGAGUUCAAGAUUGACCUGACAGCGCACUGGACAAACGGCGUGGCGAAGAAAGUGAUUCAUAGCGCGUCAAGUAAACGUCAAAAGUAG